AUGCUACCAUACGACGGCGAGCAGCAGGCAGUCGCGGCGCCGUCGACUUCGGACUGGACGUGGGAUCCUCGAUUCUCGCUCUACUUCAACCUCAAGACGAAGCAGUGGGCCAAGCCGCUGCCGAAUGGCGAGUGGGAGUAUGCAGGCGGCGCCGAACAGGAGCAAACGAACGUCCCGGAGCAGGAGAAGGACUCGAAGGACAACGGACCAAACGGCGAGGCGGACCCAUACGCUGUACCAGAGGAGCAGGUCUGGCCAGGGAACGGAACCGAUGAGGAGGACGAGGCGAACAAGCCGGACCCGUUCGCCAAAGCCCCCUUGCUCCGACUUGUCGUCUCGAAACGACCCGACCCGUCAGUCCUUCCACCAGCGCAAACGGUGGCCUCUCUCGACCCUUCUGAGCCCGUAUCAAUCGGGCGAGACAAGUCCUUCGAGCGGCGGAUCCGGCUGCGCGAGCUUGCGGUCUCCAAAGUGCAUGCGACACUCUUCUGGGCGCUCGAUCCCGAAACGGAGGAUGGAGGGUACUGGGCCAUCGUCGACAAUGGCAGCACACAUGGCACCUUCAUCAGCAGCGACCGGAGCGGGGAGGCGAUACGUCUUUCUGAACCCAAGGUUGCCUCGGUUCCUCACCGUCUACAUCAUCUCGACACCAUCCGCACCGGAUCGACCACCUUCUCCGUCCACAUCCACCCAACUUUCGCCUGCUCAACCUGCGCUGUCGCUUCCGAUUCUUCCAAUCUCAUUCCCCUCAUCUCCGCUCCUUCCGACAGCUCCUCCGGCGCGAGUCCAGCGCCCAACAACUAUACGACCAAGACAAAAGAGCAGAAGGAGCAGGAGCGGAGGGAGCAGAUGGCUGGCUUGAAGGCCAAGCUGCUCAAGCCUGCGUCGUCGGCGAAAUCAUCGGCACGACCGCCAGUCUCGCACGACUCGGCAGUCUCAGACGCAACGCCAGCACCGAAGCCGAAAAAGGCGGCUUUCGUGGACCGGGCAGCCGCGCGACGACAGCGGGACGCAGGCGCUUCCCUCCCUCCCGCCGCAAAACCCGCCAGCAGCCCCUUCUUCACCGUACCCGGCGCUUCGUCGGUUGCAACAGCUGCAGCAUCGUCCGCCUCUGCGCCAAAGCCCGCAUCACCGGCCAACCCUUUCGCGACAGACUCGAAGGGCGCGCAACUCCUGUCCAAGCUUGGCGGCGGUGCGAGCACUACAGCACCGAACGGUCGCACGAACGGCGGACUGGGGACGCUCAUCGAGGCGCGAACGUACGCGGCAGAGCGGGAGGCCCGGCCGGGACUGGGCAGUCGCGAGCUGGUCGUCGGCGUCGAAAAGGUCGCGAACGGCUCGAACGGCGAGGGCGGCUCAGGCGACGGGAACGGCGUUAAGCGGGAUUGGAGGGAUGUGGGCCGGGAACGGAGUUACAAGCGGUUCAGGGAGGUGUAG